AUGGGAUUUCACAUUAAGUUAUUAAGCCAAAAAGUUAUAGAAUUAAGUUUGACUGAAAUCAUCAACAAUCAAUAGCAAGGGAGAGUAAAAUUAGAGCAAACCGAUUCCAAAGAGGUGCUGUAUUUUUUCAUUGAGAAACAAAUUCUUAUUAGUAUUUUGCAGCAAUCGAAAGAAAGGGAAGUUUUUCAGAUGAUAAAAGAUGACAUAAUAUUUAACAAUGAUACAUCUAAGUUGAAUUUUAGAUGUUAUUUUUGUGAUUCAUUUCAUCCUACCUUUAACUGUUCCUCUUUCAAUAUUAAGAGGAGAUUCAAUUAUGAUUAGAUCUAUCAGGAAAGAGACCCUCGAUAUAAUCGGAAGGUGACCAAAAAGUCAAGAUCUGCAAUAUUUUAGUAGGUAAGAUCAUAAAAUAUGAAUUAGAUUACCUAUUAAGGUACGAGUAACAACAAUGUAUUUGAAUAGAGUUCUGAUAGUUUCGAAGCUUUCUCUGAUAACUCAAGUGAACAUAUCAGCAGUGCCAAUAUUGGAGUGGAUCAACUCACUAAACAACCGUCUACAAAAUAUUUAUACAAGGAGAUUUUAUAGGCUGAUAUUAUAUCGGAUAAGUUGACGGAACCUAUAAUUAGUAGCACUUUCUUACGAAAUCUAACUAGUCCAGAUAAUAUCAUUAAACGUUCAAUAAUUGCUAGCAGCCCAUAACAGCAGAAUUGUUUUUAGGAUCUUGAUUCAUUAUUUGAGAUCGAUAAAAUGGUAGAAUUCCAAGAUUAUAAAACCAAAUUCAAUAUAACAAACAUCAUAUUACUUCUCAAUAAGAAAAGAAAUUGA